CCAACCGGAGGAGGGGGCGGGGGAGCAGCCGAGGCCCCUCCCCUCUCGGGCCCACGCCCUCCCGAGUAACGGGGCGAGGGAGCGUCCAGAGCCACCCCUCGCCCAGCGCUUGGUUCCGCCCAGCCUCCCCUCCCUCCGUCGCCGAUGGCGCUCCGCGGGCUCCCAGCGCUACCUGUCCUCGGUGCCCUCCAUGGCCGCUCCGUUAAAAGUUGGAGAAGACACAAGGAAGAGUGCAAAACACGCUGCACGCUGCUGUUCUUUUGAGCUGCAAGACUGAUUCUGUGUGUGUCAGCCAAGAACCAACUACUGCCACGUUUUCAUCUGUUGGUAAACAUCAGCUGCGGGUUGGUCUUAAGGGAGAAUGACUGAAUUACUUCCAGAUGGAGAACUCUUUCAGCUCAUUUAAGAUCUUCCAGUUGAUUUCAGACAGCAGGCAGAAAAAAUGGAAUAGACCACACAAAGCAGCAUGUGAAGUUCAUGUUUAUGCAAGAUGUAAUUUGGAGGACCAAGUACACUUCUCCAGGCCAUGGGAGAUGAAACUCUAAGCACAUGAUAUUUUUGUUUCAUCCAAGUGCUGUUCUGUGCUAAGUCAAUGUUGGUUUGUAUUAAGGACAAAUACUGAUUUCUUCAGGUCAGCAUGUCGACUGUGACGAGUGCUCAGACACCAGAGGAACCUAAUCUUCCCCCCCUCGAAGAAAAGCCAAAGGGAAAAUCACUAUUUCAUUUGGGUUCACUCUUUGCUAACAGGAGUGAGAAGUUCGUAAUUGCCAGGAGUGACAGUGUGCCAGAGGAGAAUGUGCUUAAAAUUACCAUCACAGAGACCACGGUCAUUGAGUCGGACUUGGGCAUCUGGAAUUCUCAUGCUCUCAUCUACCUCACUUUGUGGUUUUUCUUCAGCUUUUGCACUCUUUUUCUUAACAAAUACAUUCUUUCAUUACUGGAAGGAGAGCCCAGCAUGCUAGGUGCUGUUCAGAUGCUUUCAACCACCUUCAUCGGCUGUAUCAAAAUGUUUGUUCCGUGCUGCUUGUAUCAACACAAAACACGCAUCUCUUAUCCACCCAAUUUCAUCAUGAUAAUGCUGUUUGUUGGAUUAAUGAGAUUUGCAACAGUUGUCUUGGGUCUUGUCAGCUUGAAGAAUGUGGCAGUGUCAUUUGCAGAAACUGUUAAAAGCUCUGCACCUAUUUUUACUGUUAUCAUGUCUCGGAUGAUACUGGGGGAAUACACUGGAUUGCUGGUUAAUCUCUCCCUAAUUCCUGUUAUGGGUGGGCUAGCUCUGUGUACAGCUACUGAAAUCAGUUUCAACAUUCUAGGUUUCUCGGCAGCUUUAUCUACUAAUAUCAUGGACUGUUUGCAAAACGUCUUUUCCAAAAAACUACUCAGUGGAGAUAAAUACAGAUUUUCAGCCCCAGAGCUUCAGUUCUACACAAGUGCUGCUGCAGUGGUUAUGCUUAUUCCAGCCUGGAUAUUUUUCAUGGAUGUGCCUGUGAUUGGGAAAAGUGGGAGGAGUUUCAGCUAUAACCAAGAUAUUGUCAUACUUCUCUUAAUAGAUGGAGUCUUGUUCCACCUACAAAGUGUUACAGCCUAUGCCCUGAUGGGAAAAAUUUCUCCUGUGACUUUCAGUGUUGCCAGUACUGUGAAGCAUGCACUGUCGAUCUGGCUAAGUAUUAUUGUGUUUGGUAACAAAAUCACAAGCCUCUCAGCCAUUGGGACUGUUCUAGUGAUAAUUGGAGUUCUACUCUAUAACAAGGCAAAGCAGCAUCAGCAAGAGACUAUACACAACCUGGCAGCUGCAGCCCCACAAUCUGCACAAAGUACAGCUGAAGACACUGAGCCACUAAUUUCCAAGGAUUUGGAACCAUAUGAUUAAUGUGGCCAUUUAUUCUUCCAACCUAGCAUAACUCAAAGGAAGGAACUCUUCCUGAAAGUGGUUGUUUCUUCAACUGUGGAUGUUGAUUCACUUCCUUCGAGUUCAUGGCAGGUCAAGCCUGGGACUUGAAACAGAGAGAAAACAACGGGAAGAAUCCAGUAAGCCUUGAUUUACUGAGAAACUGGUCUACCAAACAGAGGACCUAAUGUCAUGUAAUGUGGUAAAUGUGGGCUUUAUUGUCUGUCUGUGACUGCAAAUAACAUACAAGCCUGUAUUAGAGAAAGAACUUCAGUGUCUUGUGGGAAAACCAUUCCUUUCUCCCUACCCAUCAAAAUACUGCGAAAACAUAGACCCAUCACUGUCUUUUACUUACUUGCAGUGGAAUGAGGUCGGUACAUAACUGAUAUGCCUAGCUGGGUGUCACUCUACAUUGCAUCCUCUAUCAUUUGUGUGCAUCGUAGAGCUGGAAGAAGGAACCCACUCAUCUCCCAACAAGUGACUUAAUCUGGUAUAUGUUUAGUUGAAGGGAACUCCAGCAAUGAGUCCAUGCCCCAAAGCAGUGACGAGCAGCUAUUUCUGACCACAAAGCUAGGAAUGAAAAGCAAUAUUUCUACUGAACUUCAACAUGGAAAUACUGCGUCCUGGUUGCAUUGGCCAUAUUGAAAUGCAGGUGUACCCACGUAAACCUACACUGUAUAAAUGGAGUGUUGAAUUAAAUAUCUGCAGUUGCUUAGAGGUAAAAAACACUAAAAAAUUCUGGUGACAAAGGAAGCAGGAUGUCUCUAUAAGAAACCAUUUUAAUAUUUUAAUUUCUUGCAUUUUAUUGUAUAUUUCUGUUAUGAGGAAAUGUUUUGGUAUUAUUUCUAAGAGUGCAACAAAAUGCUGCCUUUUAGAAACUCAGGGUUAUAAUUCUAACCUAUGUGCAAAGUGUUUCUGUCCUUUGUGUUUAUGUAAAGGACCUCAGAGGUAUCUGUGACACAAAUGGAAGAGAGGUCACUAAAGGGAGGAACAUUAACCAGAAACUGAGGCUAAUCUUAAUUUCUACUGCUCUUAAGUUUUCUUUUUGAAGGAAAUUCUGCUUUGUGGUAAAGGGAAGAUUAAAAGUUAACUUUUCUUUAAAAAAACCCUUAAGUAUUAGUAAUUAGUUUUGGCAAAAGAAGCACAAAACCAUUUAAAUGGACUUUUUGGUAACAAAACUAACAACUAAACUGACCUGGGUUUUAGUAAUUACCACUCUUCUGAAUUCAACAUGGUGUUAGAAACAUGGAUAAAGUGGUCUUUAUGGUAAAAAUAAUUUCUAAUAGGAAGUUACCACUGGAGUUCCUGCAAAGUUGAAGCUCAAGCUUGACAUUUCCACAUGUGACACAUUGUUAGCUGUAGCAGACUGUUCCUGCAGGAGCAGAAAUGUGUUCCUAGAGUCUCUCUGAAGAAGCCUGUCUUCUGUUUCACUAGUGUGUGCUUGUUUUGUCUUAGCCUACUUCAGGUCACAUUCCUACAGGUGACUGGUUGCCUGGGCUUAUCCCUGGAGAUCUGAGCGGGAGUGAGAUGUCAGAUGUUUUUCAUCAUUGUGUAUGUGAUGUCUGUGUAUAUUUUGUUUCUUUCUAUUUUUUUGUAAAAGCUGUGGACUGUGAGGUGGAGCUCUGUGGGUUUUGGGGGGACUUGUUGUUUGUCUUGUAGUUAUGCUUUAAAAAAUCUCAGUGUAUUUGGCAGAAAACAAAGUGGUUUCCAUCAGAUUCUUCCUCUUGCUGAAAGAGAAAUAGAAGUGGCUUCCGGGUUGCCUCGCUCCGUUCUCAUGUAAACCCCUUCACUAGCUGAUGGAGCUUCAUUUCAAAAGUUCACAGGCUUUUGCCUUUCCUAUUGCUGGAAAACUUUGUGUGACCCUAACAGCUGGGAGGAUUUUAACUUGUUAUUUCUAACACGUGUCUAAGCUAUUAGUGACUGGUUGAGCCUCACCUGUUCUGUGGCAGCACAAUAAUCCUGUUUUACAUGGGGUUUGUUUGCACGGGGUUGAUCUUAUGUACUUUUCUAUGCAGCACUGUUGGUCUUUAUUUUUAUUAGAUUAAACAAACCAACCUCUUUAUUGUCUGUCCGCUUGUCAGACCUUUUCUUGCUCCAGUCAUAUGAGUAAUUCUUUGCUGUUGUUUCUGUUAACGAGGACUGUUUUGUUCUUUACAGUAUUACACCCCAGGUACCUGCCUUCCCAUUGCUUUGUACGAUGGCAGCAGUGCUGCCCGAUUUCUUCUGGAAAACAGUCUCUUGGAAUGCUGUUGGGAUUCUUUCAAUGGCAUUUCUUGCAGCCUCACCCUGACACUCGAGCACUGAGCCAGGCGAGCACCAGGAGCUGCAGCUAUGCAGGUUAUUUGGUUUACAUUUGCCAAGUGCAUUCUCAUAGGACCAGCACCUCUUCCUCAAACUGUGAAUUCCUGAAGAAUUCCUCGCUGAGCAACAGCCUUGCAAACGUCCAGCGACUUGCAGCAGUCAAUGCUUCUAAAAUGACAUUAUCUCCCAGCUAAAACGAUGGCUGGAUAAUAAAGCUCUGUGUGAUGAUC